CCUUGUUCAUCGUGUUGUCCAUCGUAUUUCUUCAACAUGUACAGAGUAGCUGCUGGCCGUUCUUUGUUGCCUAGUUUUUCGAUCAAGCUUUAUUGCCUUUGUUUUCGCGACGUGGCUGUGGCACGUAAACCGCUAUGGAUUCGGGUGAAGUUGGAAGUGACCCGCUGAAUGACGAUGUCCUGGGUUCACCCUCGCCAACCUCAUCGACAGCACAUGAACGAGACAGACCUUCACCGGUGCCGCAAAUUGCGGGAACCACAGAAAAGUCUUCCGCAUCCAAUGCGCAUCAUCCCAUCCCAGCAGCAAGCCCCGCCCCUGGUACGGCUGCGAAAGCCGAUGCGCCUGCGCCGGGACGGCAACGUUCGUCUGCAUCUGCGGUGUCGCAGGCGGACACUGGCAGUGCUGCCAAAGAGCCUGGCCUCCCGGGGGCUGAUGCUGGUGCAAUGGAGCUUCCGCCCGGGACGAAAAUAAAGCGGGCACCUAAGGAUCUCCCGGCAUUUGGCGGUAUUCUGCAGUGCCCGGUAUGCUGGCAGUUGUUUCAGAAUUACAUGGACCUCGAUGAGGACGAGCAGCUACGCAAAUCCGCCAGCAAUCCGCUCCGGUCCCCGUUCGCGCGGCUUCUGCGGCGCGAGCAAGAGGAGCGCAAAGACGCGCAGUGCAGUCGGGUGCUGUGUGCCUAUCACAAAGAUGCCAAGCGAAAGUACGACAUCGGUUUGCACCGGAAAAAGCUAGAGGGGGCCGGUAGAAGACUCGCACCAAAGGAAUUGAAGCAAAUGUAUUCCUAUUUUUUGGACCACCAGUUUUUUUUCGCAGUUGUCGACUGAUUUUGGUUUUCCGCAUCGAACGCAGCGACAGCAUGCUUGCACGAUCAUGGGUGGACAAUUUCAUUGACACUCGAAAACUAUUUGUACUAGUAAUAUUUUCAUGGGCAUAUCAUGUCAAUAUCAAUUCAAAACGCAGCUCUCGUUUGACCGCGUCAGCUACCAGUGAUCCUUCGAAGUUCGUGAGCGACGUUCUGAAGUAUGUGGAGAAGCGGUUCAAGCGCAUGCUCGCUGAGGUGGAGAGUUCCUUGGCGCAAGAUUCCGAGAUGUACAAGCAGCAAUGGUACGAGGAGCUUUUGGAGACGAAGAAGACGGUGCAGAAGCAGGUGACCGAAAUCGGCGAAAAGUGGAACGUUUAUUUGAACGAAGAGAAAGCGCUCCUGCUCGGGACCACAACCACCAGCAACGAAAUGUCGACUGCAACCAUGGAAAAAGUAUCCGCGUCACGACACGGAGCUACAGGAGCGGCCGCAGCUUCUGCUGAGGGCGGGGUGCAGCACCAGCAAGGUACUAUUAACACGACGAACGCAAAUACAACUAGCACGACCAGCAAGAGCCGUAUGCAUUUCAGCACCUCCAUGCUCGAUUUUUUCGCGCUCGAAGAGACUCUGCAGAAGGCCAAGGACUACGACGCGCUGGACCGGUUGCAGAAAUUAGCUGAGGCGGAGGAGCGCAACCAGCGUAUGUUGUUCAAGAAGGAGCAAGAGAAGUCGGAACAGCGAAAAAUCGAGUUUCUGACGGAGAAGGUGCAGACGUCCUUCACCGCCCAGCGGGACCGGCUCUUCGGGCGAAUCCAGCGGCUGGCCGUACAAAACGAAGAGAAGGAGCUGAAAAUCGAUCGGCGCAUCGCGGUGGUGACCAGUAGGCUGAAGCUGGAGCAAAGUCGCGAGAUCAGCGUCGUGCGGCUCCUGUUUCAGGAGCACUGCACCAGAAUCGAGCACUUUGUGGCGCACGCGGGUGGAAAGCGCACGGAGCAGUUCCAGCCCUUCGCCGUUCUGGACGAGAUGGCCCUGAAUGCUAACGAAGAAGAGCAGGAAGGAGAAUUUGACGAAAACAACCCCGAUGGGGCGGGCGGUCCGAAUGCAAGUCGCCGAGGAAAAAAGGUGGAGUGGUCACGUAGUUUGCAGCUGCUGUUCUUGUUUGCGUCGUGAUUUUAUAACUACCUCUAUGCUUUAGGGAGGAAAACCGGGCGCGACGACUAGGAUCGGAAAUUUUUUUUUGCGCGGGGACAUAAGUAGUCGCUUUUGGUCGGUAUCAACGCCGGGGAUGCUCAGCUCAACGCCUCGCAUUCAGAAAGUACUGCGACUGUGCGAACUCCCGCCAAAAGGCGUACCCAUUGCCCUGAAUUGUUGCGAUGGCCGGGGGCCCCUUCUGACAACAUCGAAAAUAUCAGUAACAACUGGGCGCCCACGAGUAGCAUAAGCACUUGCGCCACCUGAUUGAGCUGCCUCACAAUGUUGGCCGCCUCGGCCGCGGAUCCCGUCCCGCCGUUUGCGCUACCGGCUGGCGGUCAAGCGCGCCGCCCCGCGCGCGCCCCGCCCCCGCAGGGCUUUUGCCGGCCCCGGGCGCCCGGGCCCAAGCUCCCGUCCGAACUUUUGGGGCCCUCCCGGGAUUUUCCCGGAUCCGGGACAAAUCCGGGACAUUUUUUGGGGCCAGAUAUUUUCCAGGAAUUUUCGCCAGAAAUCGGCCAGAUUUGAAAGGGAUUUUGUUGGAAUACAAGUGGGGGACGACUAGGAAAUUUGGCCCGGAUUUGCCGGGGAUUUCGCGCCGAUUGGCCCCCCGGAAGGGGGCAAAUCCUUGGCCAAACCGGGGGAAUUUCCGGGAAUUUCCGGCCCUCGCGGAUUUGGGCCAGAUUUGAAAGGGAUUUUGUUGGAAUGUAGGCGGGGGACGACUAGAAAAUUUGGGCCGGAUCCGGCCCCGGCCCGGGCCGGGCCGUCCCCCGCCCCAACGCAAGUCCCCCCAACUCUUGCGGCCGGGCCCGCUUCCGACCACCCGCUUCCUACGGAUGGCGAGGGUCAGCCAGAGAAAGUUCCACACCUGCCAAGAGGGGCAAGACAUGAUGGACAUUGUUGGGCAGGAAGUGUCUGCGUGCACUUUCAUAGAAGGACCACCAACAUCACAGGACGACGAUGGCGAAGAUUGGAUGUGGGGGUGAUGAAUGAAGGGGAAAAAAAGGAAAGAGCUAUGACCGUCCAAGAGCAACUAUUUACGUGCUCGCGCAAAAAAAAUUUUCCGAUCCUAGUCGUCGCGCCCGGUUUUCCUCCCUAAAUGCUUUUGGUUUUGGCUCGGAGUUGUAGAUUAUUUACUUCAUAUCGUACUUACUUAUCCCCGAUUUUUUCUCUUUGAGGAGCGCAACGAAAUUAUGCAAAAUUCAACAGGCCCCACCUGUCUCGGGUCCCGCAAAGCUGUAUACCGCAAAGAGCUUCACUCCGUUCCUGACUUCGGCGGAGGAGAAGAGUCGGGAUGCGCUUCCCUUCGAACCGAGCCCCAUAUUCGAAUUUGCCAGCAAGGUCUUGUGCGAGGAGAUGCGCAUUUUGGAGCACCGGAAGAUUUCCAUGCCCGACAUUUCCACAACUCAACUCAGCGUCUCUUCCAACAGAAACAAGUCCGUGAGUAAGGCCUCUGAACAAGCAGGAGAGAACCUGGCUGUUGCUUCCUCCGCGCAAAAGAACGACCCACAGCAGGCGUCUGUGCGACGGAGUAAAUCGGCUGCGAGCAGCAGUGUGGCGCGGAUGAUGCGGGAGAAAAAGGAGGGGUACGACCCGAUUCUGUCGCAGUACAAUGCGCAUCUGAUGAACGAGCUUCGCGAGCAGAAGCUGCAGCAGCGCGGCCGAGGAAUGGACCGGAAAUGGAACAGCGUGCGGCCGCUGAGUGCGGCCCGGCCCGACACGAAGGUUGUACGGAAUGACAGUGGUGACCUGUUUUCGAAGUCCUACACGGAGUUGUUCACCAAAAAGGACGUGUACAUAGCACACCCGAUAUGCAAUGUAAAUUUCCCGUACACGUACAAAAUGCAUGACAAAUUCCGCUAAUUUGCAGUGUACAACUUGUCAUGCUAGACUAGGACUGAAGGCAAGUUUUGUCAUGCAGAGACUGCAUUGGUACGUGUACGGGAAAUUUACUGUGGAUACCCGAAUCCACCGCCAAUUUCCAACAGGCCGGAAUGCGCAGCUUGCGGAACGUUCCUGGAGAGAACAUGUACUAUUUAAUUGCCCUUAUUUUGCUUCUUGAUGAUGAAAACCGUUUUUCUACUUUUUGUAGCCAAAGUUGUAGCUAUCCUACUUCUGCCAGGUGGGCCAGGUCUAGAAGCAGGCACUCGCUGCCACCCUGGCUUAUAAUAUCGUUCUGCUAGUAGCUUCGAUUAUUUUUAUUUCAGUGAGGGGUAACAACAACAAGGAUCCACCUUGACCUUCUAUUGAUUUGCUCAUCCCAGGCGUCAUCCGCGACGUGGUCAACGAGAAGGUUUCGCGACCCGUUGCAAGGUGCUGCAGCUGGAAGUGCUGCAAGGACUGGAAUGACCGGUACUCCCCCCCGUUCUUGCGGCUGUAUCGCGAGAGCUACAUUGAUAUCAAAUGUAAAAGUGUCUGGGUCUGGAAGAGUCAUGCUGUUUUUGCAUGACGCAGAAGGUCUGGCAUGGAAGCUCCAGCAUCACAGGUUUCGAGAAGCUUCCGCAAUGCCAAAUCCGCAUGACAAAUCCCCCACUUUGGUGACAGAAAGUGGGCAGCUUUUGCUGACUGUGCAUGAGAGAUUUCUCUGCGUUCUAAAAUGCGCAUCACAAGUUCGGAUCCUUCCAGACCCAGCCACUUUUGCAUUUGAUAAUUGAAGAGCAGGAGAUCCGGGACGCGCCGCCGCCUCCGCCGGCGAAGCCCCAGCUAUCCUGUGCAAAAGUAUCGUACUUGUAGUAAUCGCAGCUAUGCAUUACAAAUCUAGUUGGUUAAGUAAAUCCGCACUACAGAUUUAAUUUGUUAUGCUGAGCCAAGAAUUUGUAUUGCGAUUUGUACUAGUACGAUACUUUUGCAAUGCAUACCAGCCGAAGGCUUACAACGCUGAGGAAGCAGCCGUGUCUCCUUUCAAAACCGCAAAUCUCGCUGCAGCCGCGGCGGGCUCUUCUUCGGGCGCCGGAGGUGCCGAUGAACAGGCGGGAACAAGAGAAGAGGGAAAUAACGCAGACGAAGCAUCGUCAAAGGGCGGCGCCACUGGUGCUACUUCUUCUGCAGAGGAGCGCGAGAAAGCAUCUGAUGGCGAAAAUAAAAUCGCGGACGAGGAUGCUGCGGCGCCGGCGGCAGUAGAACAACUUCCAGAAAGUUUAACGGACCGGCACGGCAACACAAUCAAACCCGUCGGGCCACCGGAGGAGCCGUUCGCUGCGGGGAGCGACCUGAUGGAGGAGGGGGAGGGCGGGGCAAGUUCUUCUCCCGCCGCGUCGAGUCCCCCACCAGCGAGUCCCAACGCCGGUAUUCUCGGUGACGAUGACGAGCCGGCCGAGGAGGAGGAGGAAGAGGAAGACGGCGAAGAGACUGAGGACUGACCUUCUCGUAGCCGGACGAACAAAUAGGUGGAAUGGCACACGACGGAAAGCGAAAGGCAUUUGCAUGGUCUGGUAGAAUUAUUGUACGAAGAAAUAAACUCGAAAGAACUGCAGCUGGUGUACUAACUUUCAUUAGUGAAACUAGUUUGGCUUUCACAAAAGAACCCGAUGUAGUGUACCAUGCGUGACUUCGUCUUCAUCUUUUUUACAUCUGGAUCUGUCACUUCUUGUAUGAUCGUUUUUGAGCUGCAGCUUGACCUAGAAAGCCAAAGCGAGCGGUUUUCCAUUUUCACUCGUUGCACGAUUCGAUGCAACUUCUUCUAAAGUCACAUGCCGAUUUUCUUUCCGUAAAGCUAACGAUAAGAGCAAAAGAGAGACAAUCCAUACGCAACCCACGUGUACAAACAAGGACACCACAAACCCAGUCCUCUUCUUUCUGGAUUGACUUUUCUGCACAUCUAUCUGCUCAACAACGUUUCGCAUUUGAGUUUUCACUUUCUGCUUCUGGACACCCAAAGCCAAGCGUUUCAUUGACACAACAGUGCACCACUGCCAGGGACACAGUGCUGCAUCAGCAUCACAGGGACUGGG